AUGGUGCAAGUAAGAAGGCUGUCCAGUCUUGUUUUCUGUUGUAUCCGAAGGAUAGAUACUGAUUGGAUAAUAGACGAUGUGGCCAACUCGUGGGCAACCAGUGUCUCGUCGAGGUCCAUCUCGUAUCGAUGGGCUAUGGUCCUUGCUGCCGUUUUUGAGACGGUUGGGGCCAUCACUGUCAGCGCCCGAACAGCAGACACAAUCAAGAACGGCAUCAUCCCCCUCGAGAGCUUCCAUGACGAUGCUGGGGUCCAGAUGCUCGCAUUCACCUGCGCCCUCGCCGGGGCCUCCUCCUGGGUCAUGUGGUGCACACGGCACUCCGCCCACGUCCCGUCGUCCUACUCGCUGAUCUCGGCCGUCGCCGGCGUGGGUGUCGCCGUCGCCGGCGCAUCCCAAGUCCAAUGGGGCUGGAACGAUGGCAAGGGUCUGGGUGCCAUCUUUGCUGGCCUGGGCAUGGCUCCCGCCAUUUCGGCCGGCUUUGGUGCGAUCAUCUUCAUGCUCAUCAAGCUGGUCGUGCACAUUCGUCAAAACCCUGUCCCUUGGGCCGUUUACAGCUCACCAGCUUUCUUCCUCAUAGCCGGUACUGUUUGCACUUUGUCCAUCGUCUAUAAAGGAUCCCCCAACCUUGGUUUGGAUGACAAGCCCUCCUGGUGGAUCGUCGCCGUCACCCUGGGCACUGGCGGUGGCCUCUGCGUCCUCUCGGCCAUCUUCUUCGUCCCCUUCCUCCACGCCAAGAUCAUCAACAGGGACAGCACCGUCCGGUGGUGGAUGAUCUUCCACGGUCCUCAGCUAUGGCAACGUCCAGCCCCGGCCCAUGCCGACCGAGCCGUCGUCCCGAACUAUGCCGUUGUCCAGGAGAGAUUUCAUACCAAGCUCCGAAAGGGCCGCGGUCCGCUCGGCUGGGCGAUGCGCACCCUCCACGAUAACCCCAUGGGCGCUGGCAAGAUCUACGAGUUUCACAACCUCAAGAUCUUCCUCUUUAAACGCCUCCCUGCUAUGAUCGUCGUGGGGAUGCUCUAUGGUGCCCACUACGACAUCCAUGCCGCACAGACUGGCAUCGCUGGCAUCCCCAAGGGUCAACGCAUGGCGCGUGUGUAUGGACAUGCCACGAGGUACGCCAACGAAGUCGAGCACACGUACUCGUUUGUCCAGAUCAUCACCGCUUGCACCGCAUCUUUCGCCCAUGGAGCCAACGAUAUUGGAAACUCGGUGGGGCCCUGGGCCGUCGUUUAUUCCGCUGGAAAACCGGCGAUGCCGCCCAGUCGAAGGCUCCUGUCCCCGUCUGGCAGCUCGCCGUUCUCGCAAAUAACCCUCUCCAUUGGCCUCGUCACUUAUGGCUUUAACAUCAUGAAGGUCAUGGGCAACAAGAUAACGUACCAUUCCCCCAGCCGAGGCUGCUCGAUGGAGUUGGCCGCUGCCAUCACUGUGCUUAUCUUCUCCCAAUACUCUCUGCCCGUCUCGACCUCGAUGUGCAUCACCGGUGCCACCAUCGGCGUCGGCCUCUGCAACGGCACCUGGAAGGCAGUCAACUUCCAGCGAGUCGGCCUUCUCCUCACGUCAUGGAUUCUCACCAUCCCCAUCGCCGGCACCCUCGGAGGUAUAAUCAUGGCCGUGGUUCUCGACGCUCUUCACUUUUCCUGA